AUGGGCCAUGGGGCGGAGCCGGCGGACAAAAGCAAGCAGCGCGCGCAAUACGACGAAGAGGAGGAAGAAGAAGAGGAAGAAGAGCGCGACCCGGAGGAGGAGGAAGAUGAGGAAGAUGAAGAGGAAGAGGAGGAGGAAGAGGCUCAGUCUGGCCGCAGGCGGAAGCGCGCGAAGCAUAGUCACAAGAAGCGCGGCGGCGCGCACAAUUUCCUCGAUAUUGAAGCCGAGGUCAGCGAUGACGAGGAAGAGGAAGAAGAAGAGGAGGGCUUCGGGCUCGACGGUUUCAUCGAACGGAACGAGACCUUUGACGAUGAAGGGGGAGCGACGCACCAUGCCCGACUCAACACAAGACGCGAGCUCGAACAAGUGGACUUGGACCCCGAGCAGAUUGCGAAGAACCUCAGCAAGCGCUAUGGCAAUCGUGCCUACCACAAGUAUACCGGCGACAUGAACGAGGUUCCCCAGCACUUCCUCAUGCCCGAUGUCGAUGACCCGAAUCUGUGGCUCGUGCGCGUGAAGCCUGGCAAGGAGCGCGAUAUCGUCUUCAGUCUCAUGCGUAAGGCGAUCGACCUUGAAUUCCAACCCAAACCACUCCAAAUCUACUCCGCAUUCUACCGCGAGUCCCUACAGGGCUACGUCUACAUUGAAGCGAGGAGCUCGCGCGCCGUCUCGCAUGCCAUCAAUGGUCUCAUUGGGAUCUUCCCCACCCGUGGCAUCACGCUCGUACCCAUUGACGAGAUGACCAGCCUUCUGCAGCUCAAGCAGAAGGACCUGAACAUCACGCCCGGUAUGUGGGUACGGCUAAAGAAGCCGCUGAAGUAUGCGGGCGACCUGGCGCAGGUCAUCGACGUCACGGAGAACGGAGAGGAAGCCGGUUUGCGACUCAUCCCCCGUAUCGACAUGCGUCCGCCAGAUGAGGCGCCUGUGGACGGCAGUACGAAGAAGCGCAAGAAGACUGCAGGUCCGGGUGUCUCUCGUCCCCCUCAGGCGCUUUUCAACGUCGAGGCCGUUCAGUCUGCGUAUGGUGGUAGGGCCGUCAUCACCCGCCCGUCUACGACUGGUCGGCAUUACAUCUUCGCUGGCGACACCUACAAGAACGGCUUCCUGGAGAAGGACUUCAAGCUCUCCUGGAUCAGCACCGAAGAUGCGAACCCGUCCCUCGACGAGAUCACGCAGUUUACGCGCGGCAUGAGCGCAGGCGAGGACGGCGAAGUCAACCUCACCGCGAUUGCCGAGGCAUCACGCAAGGCGGCAACGCUCGUGCUACAGCCCGGAGACCAGGUCGAGGUGUUCGAGGGCGCGCAAGCGGGGCUGCAGGGUAUGGUCGAGGAAAUCCGUGGGGAUAUCAUCACCAUUUCCGCGGGUGUGGGUUCGGACGUCGAGGGGCAGAAGAUCGAGGUCACUGCGCGGAGUGUACGCAAGCGCUUCAAGCCUGGUGACCACGUCAAGGUCAUGGCUGGUCAGAACGCCGACGAGACGGGUUUGGUCGUGUCCGUGUCCGAUAACGUUGUGACCUUCGUUUCCGAUAUGACGAUGAAAGAGGUGUCUGUAUUCUCCAAAGACUUGCGAGAAGCGGCGGAGGUCGGCACGUCUACGAACAUCGUUGGUGAUUACGAGUUGCACGACCUUGUCCAGCUUGAGUAUUCUACCGUCGGCGUUAUCUUCCGGACAGAGCGCGAUUCCUUCUGGGUCCUCGACCAGAAUGGUCAAAAGCGUAUGGUCCAGCCACAUCAGAUCGCUAUGCGACGCGACUCCCGGCAUGCCAUCGCGGCGGACAACACCGGCCACGAGCUUCGCAUACAGGACAUGGUCAAAGAGGUCGAUGGCGAGGGUCGCAAAGGUCGCGUUUUGCACAUUCACCAGUCGUUCUACGCCUUCCUGCACAACCGCGAGAUCCCAGAAAACGGUGGUAUCUUCGUCACGAAGACGCGAUCCCUUGCGCCCGUCACGCCGCGUAACGAGAUCAAGGCGUCUACCGACUUGUCGAAGAUGAACCCCGCUCUGAGCGCGUCGAUGGCCAUCGGUCAGAUAGGGCGCGGCCCGCGCGACCGCGACAUUGGUCUUCACGUCUGCAUCAUCAAGGGUCCCCAGAAAGGCUACUACGGUCGAAUCAAGGACACAAAUGGCAACCUUGCGCGCGUAGAACUGACGGGCAACAAGAUCAUCUCCAUCGACAAGUCGAAGCUUGCCGUCAAGGAUGGCAACCAGAUGCAGGCGCUCGGCGACCGCAACCGCCCACGGCGCACCAACAUGGGGCCCCCGAGCAAUAUGUCGUCGCCGUCUGUCAACCCGUACGCUUCUCAGACUCCCGGGACGCCGAUGUGGGGUAGCGCGAGCCGCACGCCAAACCCGUACAUGAACAAUGGCGGACGGACGCCGGCGUGGAGCACGAAUUCGCGGACGCCGAAUCCGUAUCAGAGCGGGAGUGGCAGCAAGACGCCGGCGUGGAGUACGAACUCGAAGACGCCGAAUCCGUAUGCGAACGAUGGUGGUCGGACUCCGGCGUGGCAGGCGAGCUCGCGCACGCCCAAUCCGUAUGCGCAGGGCGGAGGCAGUGCCAGCGGAGGCGGCAGCAGUGGGUGGGGCAGUAGUGGUGGAGGAAACUGGGGUGGUUCGACGCCUGCGCAGGCAUGGGGCAGCAGCGGCAGCAAUGACGCAUGGUCGCUCAACAAUGGUGGCCAGUCGCCUGGCUGGAAUCAAACCGCCCCGACACCGGGUUACUCUGCUGCGACGCCUGCUGCUACGGCACCAACACCUGCGGCUGCGCCUACACCGUACCCAAGUGGCAUGCUCUCUGCGGAAACACCAGCCGCGUCAGCACCAACGCCUGCACCCAGUGGCAACUAUAUGGAUAACGACGAAGACGAUGAUGGCUCGCCCGGAGAAAACUGGAUGUUCGACCCUGCUCUCGCGCAGCACGCGAGGAGUCUUCGCGUUCAGAUUCAAGGCACGCUCCCGGACAACUACCUGGGUGGCCGCUACGAAGGCCAGACGGGUACGCUCGACGGCAUCAUGCGCAUGGGGCGCGACCACGAGCAAACCCUGCGCGUCGUCUUCGACCACGAAGCGGACGGCGUCGGCAACCGCAACAUCCUGGCCAAAUACAUCAUUCCCCUCCGCCCUACCGCUAAUCAGCAGAUCGUCACGCCGAUGUCUGGCUCCCACAAGGGCGAGGUGUGGACAAUAUCGGACCUGCAGCACGACGAGACGAAUUGCACGCUCUACUCUCGCGAGUUGGGCGAGUUCAUCGUGGAGAAGGUGGAUGAGAUUGUCCAGCUGAAAGUAUGA